UGCUCCUUUCAGGGAACUGGACCCAGGUCUGGCGGAGUCGGUCUCAAGCCUGAUCUGGGCUGCUCCACGCUUACAAUCGGAAGUAGUCGAAUUGAAAAUAGUUUCUGACCAGCUUUGUGCAAAAUACAGUAAAGAGUAUGGGAAGCUUUGCAGGACGAACCAGAUAGGAACGGUUAAUGAGCGGUUGAUGCAUAAGCUGAGUGUUGAAGCACCUCCAAAAGUCUUGGUGGAGCGGUACCUUAUAGAGAUUGCAAAAAACUACAAUGUUCCAUAUGAACCAGAUGCUGUUGUUAUGGCUGAAGCACCAACAGGAGUGGAAGCAGAACUGAUCGAUAUUGGAUUCACUGAUAAAAAAGGGGGCCAUGGAGGUGGCGGAGGUGGUGGAGGGUUUGUAGCCCCAGCUGUUGGACUUGGACCUACAGGCAUAAUGCCCAUGCCAACACCACAUAUACCAUUUUCAUAUCCACAACCCAAAGGAGCAGAAAAUAUCAAUGGAGUACCACAAGUGGGCACAUACGAGGCCUUCAACAAUUUCCAGCCUCCACAGCAAAGAGGCCCUCCUCCGCAACUUCCAACUUCUCCUCCUACUUAUGAGUCUAUUGAUGAUCUAAGACCUGGUAAAAAUCUCCCCCCUCAUAUGUCUGGUCCCUCUGGUCCUGCUGUUACUCCAGGAAAAUCAAUAGCAUCUACACCAUCUUUUGACAGUAACUAUGACAACUUUACUCUUCCAGAACUGCCAUCAGUCCCUAAUACUCUUCCAACUACGUCCAUUGGGCCGAAUUCUAGUAGUGGCACCACUGAAGAUAUUGAUUUUGAUGACCUCUCCAGGAGAUUUGAAGAACUCAAAAAGAAAACAUAAACAGUGUAGAAUUAAUGUUAUUUUAAUUAAUCUUUUCUUUAGGUUGUUGGGUUAUAUUUAUACACCAUUUCUCUAAAAUAACUCAUUUUAAAUCACAGAACAUUAUAUUCUUGCAAAAAAGAAUGAAAGAAAACUGUAAAUAAUCAGGCUUUGGAAUGUGUGUCUAUUUUGCCCUACAAAAACUUUUGUAAAAGGCUACCAUUUUCUUCCAUUUGAACAGGAGGACAGCAAAAUAAAUCUACAAUAGAAAUCAAGAUGGAAAAAAAAUGAAAUCAUCCUCCUUGGAUACUGACUAGUUAAUUUUUUUUUUUGCUGUAUUUUUACUCAUUUGUCAGGUAACUACAAAUACAUAACUUCUUCUUGCAAAGUUGUUUUGCCUUAACUGGGGAUAACUUGGAGAGGCUAUUAUGUGGUUUACAGUGAAGUUGCAAGCAAUCUGAUGAUUGCAACAUUAAGCACUACAGUGCUGCAUUUUUAACCUGGGACUACUCUAAUAUAUAGUUACUAUACUUCCGUAAGGCACGCACACUCUAGACCUGCAUACAGGUUUACUAGUUACAUUUGAUUUUUAAAAAAACUGUGUUCAUUACAAAGUGUCAGACCCCAAAGACUAUAUAAUAUGGGCAGAGCUUUCUAGUUUCAUAAAACUCUCUUUGUUGAACAAGGUUAACAGUUUGUUUUCAUUACUUGGAUUUGUUAUCCUGUUGUUGUUCUCCAUCCCAGCUCCAUGUUUACCACUUCUAAGCCAUUUGAAUUAUCUCCUAAGUCUAUAAUGAACUUAACAUUGAUAUACUGUAUCUUGAACUGCCCUUCAUGCCUUAACUUUUUUCUGCAUUUCUAUCCAUAUUGCAGUUUGUUGCAGAUACUUUAUAUAUGGAACAAUGCAAAGGGCUGUGGCAAUGCACCCCUUUCUUGUUUGGAGUGUACCUUUGUUGGUUGUGUGUACCUCAUCACAUACCAGUCUUCACUUUUUGGCUUAUUGCUUUAGUAUAGAAAAGAUGGAAUUUUUUUCAAAUAAAAUGUCAUUGGCUGAAAACAGCUUUGUAGACUAUCUGCGUGUCAGGUUUUGUUAUUAAGAACUGUCGCUCAGCUGGAAACAGGAUGGCACAGUUCCAUAUAACUAAGGAUGUUCUAGAGAAAGGCCGACUCUGGUAUUGCUUGAUUCCCUGCUUCUCAGAAUAGAUGUAAGAGGUUUUUAAGUAGAACUGUGAUCUCAUUUCAACAGUAUCUCUAACAAAGUGUCUUAUUUGCCUAUUUUAACUAUUUCAGUAUUUAGUGUUUUUUGCAGUGCAUGUUCUUUCGUGUUAUGAAGAAAAAAUGUAUUCUUUCAGUAUUUGUAGAAUGAUCAAGUCCUUUUUUUAUCAUAAGGAUUUAAUGACUGGUGUAUUGUACCAUAGUUACUGGUAUGUGUUGAGGUUAACAAAAAUCAAAGGCUGAAGUUUUGUGCGCAUACUUACAAACCGGAAUUAAAUGACAUUUUCUAUAAAA